AUGGAAAUAUAUGUGCCUGAAGAACAUAUUAUUGAAAUGGAAAAUAAUCAAUCUUUAAUAAAUGAGCAAGAAGAUAUUGAAUUAAUCGAUAAAUCAUUAAAUAUACAACUAAUGGAAUUUGAAAAAAGUCAACGUGAAGUAGCACAAAUAAUUGAAAUGACGCAACCAGAUAUUGUUAUGGUUGAAUUAUGUCAAAGUCGUAUCAAUAUACUUUCAUUAAAUGAAAAUACAUUGAUGAAAGAAGCGUCACAAUUGAAUUUUGAAAAACUUCGAAGUGUUAUUAAAGCUGUAAUAUACAUUUAUCUUAUUUAUCGAAAUAUACCAUCGGAUAAAAUCAAUGGAGUUAUUCAUGGAAUAAUUCAUGUACUUUUAUUAAGAAUGGCACCUGAAGGAGAACUUCGAACAGCUUUUCGUGAAGCUCAAAAAGUACCUGGUUGUAAUCUUGUACUUGGUGAUCGUCUUGUUGGUAUAACAUUAAAAUGA